AAUGGCAGCUUCCUGCAUGAAAGUCUUGUUACAUAGAAGAGAUGCAGAUAAGAGUUUGUUGAUGUUUUCAGAGGACUAGGCUAUAACGCUAUUGAAACAAAUUUGUUUGUUUCAGUUACCUGAUCUGAAAAGAACAUGGCUGAAGAACUGAUAAGGAAUGUUGUGGACAUUAUGGAGAGUGCCCACACACAGAAAAUGCAGUUGUCAGAACUGCUCCACUCACUGGACGAGGCAUCAGAUCAGGUCCAUCAGAGUGCUGACAAAUCAAGGUCAGAGUUAGAGGCCCAUUUCAAAACAUUGAAGGAAGCCAUUGACCAAGCACUGGAUAACCGACUGACCACUCUCAUAAAGGAAGUGGACAAGAUAGAGCAGACAGCAUCCAUUCCUCUUGGUCAGUGUAAGGAUAUGAUCAACCAAGGGAUGGAAGCUGCUACACGAGUGAUGGAUGAAGGUGGUUCCAUUUUGUCGGGUGACCCUGCACAGAAGGUUGAACGUAUGGUGCAGUUAAAAGACAAUCCCGACACUAGAGCACUCAACAGUGUACCAGCUGUACCCCACUUGAGUGAUGUACCCUGCAUCAGUGUGGAGCUAGAUCAUGGUUUUCAGGAUAGACUGUCCAAGUUGAUUGCCCAGGAGGGAAAAGUCUUAGAACGGAGUCCCAUACAGAUUACCGACACAAUAGAAUGCCCCGGAGGUAUUCUCGUCAAGUGGAUAGAGGUCGAUGAUGAACUGGAAGUGUCUGAGUUUUGUUUACAGUAUUGCUGUGGCAAUGCCAAAACUAUAUCCAGUCCAACAUUCCACACAGCGUACACCGGUCCAAAUACUGCCUACACCGUCAAAGGCCUUGGCACCAACACCCCCUACUCAUUCCGUGUCAGUUGUCGCAGCAGCAACAACAACAGCAGUUUGCCUUGGAGUGUAUCAAGUGUGCCUUGUAUUGCACAAACAACAAUGCCACACUAUGAAUGGUCUACUGAUAGUCCUAGCUACACAGUGAGUUAUGACAACAAGAUUGGCACUAGGAACAAGAGUGGGGACACCAUGGUCCUGUACUCCAGUACCAGCUCAUGUGUACCAGGUCAUCCCAUAACCUUCAAGGUCAUCACCAUGGGUGAGACCUCGCCGUUUGAUAGUGUUGGUCUCAGUCUGGACAACAAUAACACUGAGACACUACAACGUGACGAUGCCAUAUUAGUCACUAAAUCAGGGUCUGUCUUCGUUGAUGGGCAGGAAAUGAAGAUCAAACUGCCAGAGAUGAAGAAGGGAUCAUUGCUGACCUUUGACCUAGAAGAACUACCCAAUGGUAAAGUGCGUGUCAAUGUAGAAUUAGAGGAGAAGGUUGUCACAUUUGAUUGGAAAGUUCCACAACCACCAGGGAUGAUGGGACUUUCAGGAGGCUUUGGACUUGGAGGCAUACUAGCAGAAAGUAGACACAAAUUUUAUUUUGGAAUGAAAAUAAGUCAUGAACUUUGGAAAAUUUUGGUUGAAUAGAAAUGAAAAUAAGGUAUUGAAUAACCUUAUAGAAAGCCUGUAAAUCUCAAAUUAUUUUUUUAUAUGAAAACUUUCUAAAAGUAGUUUGGAAAAUUAAUCUUUCCAUAUUGAUACUGGGAAAGUUGAUACAAACACAACUUCCAAAUAUAUUUGUGCCAUUAUUAUUUCCUGAAAGAGAUAUGUCAUAUCAAUUAAAAUGAAAUUUAAGGUUUUUAUUCAGAAGUUUGGAACAAUGAUGUAUUUCUGUUUUCUUAAAUCAGAAAUAUUUCCACAGUACAAGAACUUAUAAUUAAAUGAAAGAUUAUUCAUUUGAUCUGGAUCAUGAGAUACACUUGACAAUCAUGCAGGAUGUAAAAGUUAUGUCCCCAUGGCAUGUAGCAUUGACAAAUUUCUUAUUUACAGAUUGAUAAUAUGAUUUAAAUAUAAAGUCCAUAAAAAGAUUGGAAGGAAACUGACUAUUAAGGGGAUCUGCUUUUCACUUAAUUUUGUCAACAACAAUAAUAGCAAUAUUCAUUUUAUAACUGACAUUAAUAUUGUGUGGCUUACAAUUGAAUAGAAAGUGUGUGUUGUUGUAUCGAUAUAAAGACAGGGUCUUAGACCUGAGAACUAUGAACAUUCCUGCUCUUAUCAUGCCUUCGCUUCAUAAGUCAUAAAAGCAUUGCUUAUAAUGUUCCUGAAUAUUAAAGCUAAGAUCAUAUACACAUUGUAGUUCCAGAAAUAAGUCCAUGCCUGGUACAGCACAGCAGGGCCCGUUACUGUAAGAUCAGUAAAAGCCCCAAACUACUAUCAUUUUCAUGUAAUAAGUCAACUACUGUUAAGUGUUUUGGUUGGAGAUUUAUUUGUGGUCCUACCCUGUAUUCAAGAAAAUGUAUAACUACCAUAACUGAAGCAAUGCUUACCGAGGAGAAAAAUUUACACUCAGUCUUGUAAGAUUUAAUUUAGGGAACAGGGAACAAAGACUUAGAGGGGGGAUAAAAGGUCAAUAGACACAGCAGAUGUACUCUUACAACCUGUAAAGAUCAACUGUAUUUGACAAAGGGAAUGUGUUUUUGCACUUGGCAUGGGCUUAUCACCAAUUAAAUAUAGUGUGUGCAAUCGAUGCCUUGUAGCUGGAUGGCAGGGCAUUUUUAUUUCAUCCUGUCAAGCAUCAUUAUUAUUAAUACAUUGUAAUUUUGUGAUCAGGAUUUUCUAACGUGCUUUAAACACUAGUUUUUAAAUGGCUUCACAUCACAUACUUUUUAAAAAUUCAUUAAUUCUAAGUAUUUUGUAAUUUUUAUCUCUACAUACUCGUUUAUAGCUAACAACUAUACACAACAUGUAGAUUACAUAAUUGUUGAAUUGUGUUGCGGUAUAUAAAUUAUAACAAAUGUCCCUAUACUGAAGAAUCCAGCCAGUCUGUUAUAAAAUACUCUUGUUGGCAUAUAUGAAAAAUAUAUAGACAGAAUCUAUGUUAUCAUACAAAAGAGUUUAGUGUUGUUUCUAUAAUAUUGCUACUUAUAUAUUGUUAAAAAGUUAAAUUGUAAUUUUAUACCCUGAAUGGUUACCACACUCCUGCCAUAAUAAAUCAUACGAUUGAAUAUAUAUAGGUUUGCUGUCCAAUAGUUUGUGGCUAUAAAAAUGAUUUUUUACACAUCAAUAUAAUUGCCUGUAUGUGAUUAACUGUGAUAUUUCAGUUUAAUUCAUUAAAAACAUCAACCAAAACAGUUUUACUUAAAAAGUUCUGGACAAAAAAAAAAUGUAUUCUGUUUUUACAUUUUUUGGUAUUGUUAAUGAAAUGGAUUUAAAUCAUGGCCAAUUAUCUUACUGCUCAUCUUAAAAGUUAUGUAGGUAAGUUUUAAUGAUAAAUUAUGAUAUUCAUGAUGAAUGUCUUGUAUGUCUAUGUUUGUUUUUUCCAAUCACAAUGGCAUUACUUACCUAUGUGCAAUGCAAUACUUGUAAAAUUCAAUAUUGUGUUAUACUUUUUCUGUAUAAAGAAAACUUAUUUAAAUGACAUAGUAUAUGAUUAUUUUGUACCUUGGAUCUUGAUUGAUAUAGUCAGUGUUAUGAAAUAAUAUUAUAUACUUGAGACAAGCUAAGGAACUUAUUCCAUAUUUCCUUGUAUUACUAGUUUAUUUCCCAAUAUAACCUUCAUGCAGACCAAAUUUCUCUCAAGUAAUGUCUGCAGUGCUUUGGGUAUAAAUAAAUGAGCUUUCAACAAGUAAAAUUAUCAUUAAUAGCAUUUACCCUCUAUUGCAUGCUUGUAUUUUAUUCCUCACUUAGCAGUCUUCCACAAUAUAAAGCAAUAUUAUUGAUGUCUUACGUUUCAUAGGCAAUGAGAAUCUCUUGUAAAUCCUUAUGCAGUGAAUACAGUAAUGUACAAGUACAUUUAUUUACCAUAAUACAAAAAUGAUAUUAUUGCAAUAUUUACUUGAGUGUAUAAAUGCAAGUAAAUUAUGUACAUGUGGAACCAGGAUUUUGACAAAUAGACUCGGAUAUACAUGUAUCACAUCUUGUUUAUUUCAAAUUCUAAUUUUAAUCAGUACAAUUUUAUGAAUGUAUAUUAAAUGAUGUCACAUUACUAGUCAGGACAUAUAGAGUUCUAAAUGUUUACAGUUUUCUCAUAUUUAAUUAAACAAGAAAUCAAGAAUUUGAUUUGCCAGAAUUUACAGAACCUGGUGAUGGAACGUGGUGCUUUUCUGAUUUACGUAUUGAUGCAGUAUUUAGUUUGAUAUAUGUUUUGUCCCUCUUUGUUCCAUGUGCAAGUCUGUCAUUUAUAUCCGUUUUCUUCUGAAAAUGAUUGUUAAUUAUUUCUUUAACAAUUGUUUAUAUUUUGUUUACACCUGUAAAAUCUUCACCUGUAGAUUAGAAUGACCUGACCAGGUGCUGCAUAAUCACGAUUACUAUAAUAAUUAUAUGUGUACAGGUCAAUCUCAUUUGAACCAUAAGGAUCAUUACAUUUCCUACAAAAUGUAGUUUGUGAAGUUGCAAGAAAUUGUAGGU